CUUCGUCGUAUACAGUCUGGCGACACCCGUCCCCAGGAAUUGAUUCGGUCUUAUUCUUAUGCGUUCGUGAUUCGUGACUUUUCAUCGAUGUGCAAAGUCGGCCGAAGUAUUGCAGACAAUUUUAACUGAAACACUGUGCGGUUCGAAAGAUGUCGCAAAAAAAAGGAGUUGUCGACGACUCGGACUUAGGGAUGGAAAACCAGCAGGUUUGGGUCAGGGACCCGCAGGAGGGUUUUAUAAUCGGUAAAUUUGUCGACAUGGUCGAUGGUGAUGCUUUAAUUCAACCGUUGAACGCAAAACUCAAGCAGCGAACAUGUCCUUUGGACGAAGUUUAUCCAGCUGGGGAAUACACCCAAGAUGUCGAAGACAACUGUGCUUUGAUGUACCUUAACGAAGCAACGCUUUUGAAUAACAUUCGCACGAGAUACUUCAAGGAUAAAAUAUACUCUUACGUCGCCAAUAUUCUGAUCGCCGUUAACCCUUACUACGAAAUGAAGGAUCUCUACUCUUCGAAAACCUUGAAAUCUUACCAAGGAAAAUCACUUGGUGAAACUCCACCCCACGUUUUUGCGAUCGCCGACAAAGCUUUCAGGGAUAUGAAAGUUCUGAAACAAUCUCAGAGCAUAAUCGUUUCCGGCGAAUCUGGAGCAGGGAAAACUGAAUCUACCAAAUAUUUACUCCGCUAUCUCUGUGAUCUUUGGGGAUCUACAGCUGGUCCGAUAGAACAAAAAAUUCUUGAUGCCAAUCCCGUUUUGGAAGCAUUUGGAAAUGCAAAAACGAAGCGUAACAACAACAGUUCACGUUUUGGAAAAUUUAUGGAAGUUCAUUUUGACGCAAAGUGUCAAGUCGUCGGCGGUUACAUAUCUCAUUAUCUUCUCGAAAAGUCGCGGGUCUGUCUUCAAAGUCCCGGUGAAAGAAAUUACCACGUAUUUUACAUGAUGUGCGCCGGAGCCCCCGCCGAUCUGAGAGCUAAACUCGGCAUCACGAAUCCCGACGAUUUUCAAUACCUGAGAAAUGGAUGCAGUCAAUAUUUUUGCAACGCUUCUUCGGAGAAAAAAUUAAACAACGCACAAAAAAGCAAGGAACAAAUCAGCAAGGGUAGUCUUCACGAUCCUAUACUAGACGACGUCGAGGGAUUCAAUGCCAUCGACAAGGCACUCACACGAUUAGGUUUGACGGACUUGGAACGGAUGGAAAUCUACACUAUGGUAGCCGCAGUUCUACAUCUGGGAAAUAUCACGUUCGAAGAUAAUCCAGAGGACACGAAGGGCGGUUCCAGGAUCACCGCUGAUUCCAAACAAUCAGUCGUCACUUCUGCCGCUCUCCUGGGUGUCGAUGCUGAUGAAUUAAGACAGGCUCUGGUUUCCAAAGUUAUGCAGACCAGCAGAGGAGGAAUCAAAGGAACGGUAAUCAUGGUCCCUCUGAAAGUUCACGAAGCUAAUAGUGGUCGCGAUGCUCUUGCUAAAGCGAUCUAUAGCAAACUUUUUGAUCACAUAGUUUCACGCAUAAACAAAAGUAUUCCAUUCAAGGCUUCUAGCUACUAUAUAGGGGUUCUUGAUAUCGCCGGAUUUGAGUACUUCCGAGUGAAUAGUUUCGAACAAUUUUGCAUAAACUACUGCAACGAAAAGCUUCAACAGUUUUUCAAUGAAAAAAUUCUUAAGUACGAACAGGAUCUCUACGACAGAGAAGCGUUGAAUGUACCGAAGAUCUCAUACGUCGAUAAUCAGGAUUGCAUCGAUCUCAUCGAGUCAAAAACCAAUGGCAUCUUCAGUCUACUCGACGAAGAAUCUAAACUUCCCAAGCAUAGUUUCGACCAUUUUACGAGCGAAGUUCAUAGGGCGUGGAGUGGACAUUUCCGAAUCACUUUGCCUCGAACUUCUAGGCUCAAGGAACACAGAGAACUCAGAGAUGACGAGGGAUUCGUCAUCAGACAUUAUGCUGGUGGCGUUUGUUACCAAACUAAUCAAUUUAUUGAAAAGAAUAACGAUGCCCUUCACGCAUCCUUGGAGGGAUUGAUCCAAGAAAGUAGUAAUUCAUUCCUAAAAACAAAUUUCGCAAAUAAUACAUGCCCGAAAGGAAAGCUAACUUUCAUCAGCGUUGGAAGCAAGUUCAAAACACAGCUCGGCGAGCUCAUGGAUAAACUAAAGAAUAACGGUACUAAUUUCGUUCGUUGCGUUAAACCAAACAAUGAAAUGGUAGACCAUCAGUUCGAUGGCAACAGUAUUCUUGGCCAACUCAGGUGCUCGGGGAUGACGUCAGUUCUGGAACUCAUGGAGCAUGGAUAUCCGAGCAGAGUACCAUUCCAGGAACUUUAUAGCAUGUAUAAAUCUUACCUACCUCCAGAAUUGGCUAAACUUGAUCCAAGAUUUUUCUGCGAGGCGUUGCUGCACAGUUUAAGACUUAACAAUAAAGAUUUUAAGUUUGGUAUUACGAGGGUGUUUUUCAAGCCAGGAAAGUUCGCGGAAUUUGAUAAUGUCAUGAAAUCGGAUCCAGAGAAUCUUAAAAAACUCGUAGAGAACGUUAAAAAAUGGCUCGUCAAAUCCAGGUGGAUGAAAGUACAGUUCUGUGCUCUAUCUGCGAUCAAGUUGAAAAAUAAGAUUCUCUAUAGAAGAUAUCAUUUGAUUGUUAUUCAAAAGACUGUUCGAAUGUACCUCGCAAAGAAGCAACAUCAGCCUAGGAUCCAGGGCAUUGUAAAAAUAAGAAAUUUAACGCAGCAGCUGGCUAGUAUGCAGCAAACCGCUAAUCAACUCAAAUCAUCCAAAGACAGCAGCCUCAAUGACAUCAAGAAAUUAAAUCAACAGUUGGAAACUAUUCAAGCUAAGAUCAAGGGCGAUCCGAAAAUUAAGAAGCAGGAGAUCGAUAAGUCGAUUGCAAACGUAGUUGGUUUGAUGGACAAUCAGAUGAAAAAAUUGCAAGAUGCCGUGAAGACACAAAAGAGUGCGGAGGAGCAAGAAAAAUUGAAGUUGAUUCAGGAGGCAAUGGAGAUUGAAAAGAGAAAGAAACUUGAGGAAGAAUUAAAGAUAAAGGAAGAAGAGGAAAACAGACGGAAGAAAACGGAAAUUGAAAUUCGAAGGAAAGCAGAAGAAGAAGAAAGAAGGAAGCAAGAAGCAGCAAACGAAAAGGCAGCUGCUGCUAUUCAAGCUCAACUCGAUAAAGAACAAAUGGAGGAAAGUCGAUACCGCGAACAAAUUGAACAGGAGAGAAGAGAUCACGACUUAGCCGUUAGAUUGGCGCAAGAAUCAAAUGGCCAUGUAGAAGAUUCUCCACCACCUAUGCGCAGCGGGUCAGACGUGCGAGGACCUCCAAUCACCAACAACAAAUUAAUAAGAUCGGAACAAGUUCGAAGCCAUCAAGCAGCUAUGAAUACAAAUAAAAAAUACGAUCUAUCCAAGUGGAAAUACUCGCAGUUACGUGAUACGAUCAACACAUCAUGCGACAUUGAACUGCUGGAGGCUUGCCGUCACGAAUUCCAUCGCAGAUUGAAAGUAUACCAUGCCUGGAAAGCGAGGAAUCGCAAACGCACGACAAUAGACGAAAAUGAAAGAGCACCUAGGGCAAUCAUGGAGGCUGCUGCGGAGGCUGCUGCGAAGGCUCGACCAAUUCCAAUGAAACAAUCAAUAAUUGAAUCCUCUCAAAGAUUUUUCCGGAUUCCCUUUGUGAAACCGGCGGUCGCUGGACAAACGGAAAACCCUUACAGUGCUGGAAAACGCGGAUGGUGGUACGCGCAUUUUGACGGACAAUACGUCGCCAGACAAAUGGAACUCCAUCCGGAGAAACCGCCGAUCCUUCUGGUGGCUGGUGUCGACGACAUGCAGAUGUGCGAGUUAAGUCUCGAUGAAACGGGCUUGACCCGCAAAAGGGGUGCCGAAAUACUUGAAUACGAGUUCAAUAAGGAGUGGGAACGCAAUGGUGGAAGACCCUACACGGUACCAAGUGAACGUACUAAGUGAUUUUUGAGGUACUGAAAACCGACAUUAAAUUAUUCGAUAGAUCUUCGCGUAAUUACUCUACCCCUAUUAAACUAUAGGGUGACAUUUUUUUUUCCUUGCUAAUUUUCAAGGAAGCAAAUUCAGACUGUACCCAACGGUCCCCGAACCCCACGUACUUUAGAAGUUAGCGAAUUCAGGUGAAACUGCUUUCAUAUUAUUAUAUUAUCGAAAAUGUCAAUGUCAUGCAUGAUGUUGAUAUCGAUGACCGACAUGAAAUGAGUGAGUCUUACGAUGGUGAUCACCUAUAAAUCUAUUUAUGUGGUCGAUCGGUAUUUCAUAUUAGUGUCAUAACUGCGAAAUCGAGGAAUCGUCAUUCGGUAACGGAGUUUCUUUUUUUCCCCCAAUAAGGUGUGCAUUUUUAUUUUUUCUGCAAAUAAUAUGGCAAAAUCGGUCAUUCUAACGUGGAUAUACUAAGGAAGAAAAUAUCACACAAAUUAAUUAACAUUCGAGACGUGCCUUUACGUUGGCGUUUCUCUACCGCAAAGAAGACGCUGAUGAAAAUUAUCAGUAUUUACCUAUGAAUAUCGACCAUGGUUUUCAUUAAUUAUAAUAAUGAUUAUAAUGCAGUUCCACGAUAACUACGGCGCUAAAAUAGAUUUAACUAUUAUUUAUAGUGUAUGGGUUAUUUAAUUACAUUCCAAUAGUAUUUAUGAUUAUCUAAUUAUAAGUCUUGUUCAAAAAAUAUUAUCAUUUGAUGAGGAGAGUGUGUUGAAUAAAUUUAUCCAUCUA